AUUUAAUGGAAUUAAUCCAAAAAAAUGUGUGUUAAUACAAAUUUUAAAGGGAAAAUACAUUCGUUGUGAGCAUGGGUGACCUUAUAUUGACGUGGCGAUGAAAUUUUCUGCACAUAUAGCAAAAAAAUGGCGGAAAGUCACAUACGAAUGUUUGCAUUGCGAACAAGUCAAGCCAAGCCAUAUCAAAUUGGCGCAAAUAAAAACUCAAGAAGCCAAAUGACCAAAAUGCAAGUGGAUGCAGCAAUUUUACAAGGAGUUCAUGCUUAUGGACGUCAACGGAAAUUUUCCGCGCAAUCUUUAUGCUUGCUUCAAGGAAGAAAAAAAGGGGGAAAACAAGACCAUAAGCAGACGAGGUUCACUGAUUAUAACCGGAAAUCCUCUUGGACCCAACAACAAAUGGCAAAUAAAGAGCAACACUUACAUGUUUACAUUGCCAAAAAAAAGAGACGAAGAGAAAUAAUUCCCCCCAUAUCGUCAGAUGUUGCAAUAAUUUUAAGAGCUUUGCUUUGCUUUUGCAAUGACCCCCACAAUAAUGCCAAGAGACAAGAGAGCGCCAGCCGUAGGCCUGGCAUUGUUGUUUGUUUACUUGACUGGCGAGAGCCACACGACGGCCACGGUGAGUGCAGGCAAUACUGCUGUUGCUGUUGCUUUUUGUGUGAUGAACUUGAUGAUGAUGACGAUUAUGAUGAUGUGGGGUUUGUUGUAAGCUUCCAUGUGAGCGGCAUGUUUCGACGUUUAUUUAGUUUAGUCUACAGCGGACUUUUGUAUCGAACGGUUGUUUUUGAAAACAAAUUAAAACAGAGCAAAAAUUUUCAGUAGCUACAAAAAAUAAAACCGAAAACAAACGGCAAAAUAGCGUGUAGUGCUGCGUUUUUUGAGAAUAAUAAAAAAAAACAAAAAUUGUUUAAAACCAAAAAUUGUUUAUGCGUGUAAAAUAAAAACAAAAAAUACCAACGGCCACCAAACCAAAUGGCGAAGGCGCCAAAAAAUCAUUUUGUGGAUUUUCAAAAUAAAAUUUGAAAAAAAGUGAAAUUUUGAACAAACAAAAAAGGGGGUACCCCUAAAACUAACUUCAGCCAACUUUACUGCCUAAUAUAAUUUUUGUGUUCUUGGAAUUUUAAAUAUUUUAUGACAAGAAAAAGCCAAAUUAGCCUUAAGAAAAUAUACAUAAAACCCAAUAUAUGCCUUUCAAAAAAUAAAAACAAAUAAACCUCCAAAUAUUCUGCCAGCAAUCCUUAACUGCCUUACCGAAAACAUAAGUCUGUGACAAGAAAAAAAAAUCAAGUGAUAUUUUUAAAAAACAAAAAAUUAAAAAUAAAAUAAUUCAAAAAAUUAUUAUCUCCUUUUGUGUCUAUGUUUUGGAGGAGGAGCACACAAAAAGUUAGCUGCCCUCCACGAAACGUCAUCGGCAGCAAUUGUUAAAUCCAUUGGUGUACUUGGCUGCUGUUAUGCGAUAAUUUUUGUAAAUACAAGUUACGUUAUCCCCCCUUGAAAAGUCAACAACAACAGCAACAACAAUCGAGCAAGCAAGCAGCAAAAUCAAACAAACCCCAACAAGCCAAACUCACUCACUCUUUCUUCUUCCUUAUUGUUGGUGGGGAGUUAAUUCGUUGUACUCUCACUCUCUUUCUCCCAACCAUAAUAAUUGACAGCCAACUUGCAUUGCAUCAAACACGGAUACUUUUACUCUGGUGCAGCAAGUACAUGAGCAACAACAACAACAGCAACAAAAAUAAACGUUAAUGAUCAUCGGGUUUGCUGCAACUGAGAGCUGCUGACUGGCUGGCUGGCUGGCCGACAGUGUUGUGUGAGUGUGUCUCAUUCGGUUGUUCGUUCGUUCGUUCAUUGAUCAUCAUACUUGCUCUCAUACCAAGGUCAAUAAACGUAAGAUUGCACGCGAUAUCAAGUCAACAACGACAACAACAAUAAAUGCAACAGCAGUAGCAACGACAACAACAACAGCAAAAAAAUUAAACUGCAAAAAAAAAAACGAAAGAAAUAAAAAAAAAACAACCGGGGUCAACGGUAGGAAGGAAUACGUCGUGGUUGUUGUCGUCGACGUCGUCAUACAAACAAAUGUAACGUUGCCUAACGUGGUGUAAUGUACGAUCACUUUUCAAAAAGUGAAAAAAAGAAAUGUGAAAAUUAUUCAAUAAAAUAAAAGAGUUGAAGAAGAAGUAGAAAUUAAGCUAGCCACAGCCAGCAUCCAUACAAAACCAAAACAAAUUGAAAAAAAAAUACAAUGUGAAAAAAGAAAUUUGAAAAAGUUUGCAAAGCAACAAGAAAACAUAUUACACCCACAAUUCAAAAAUAUUGAAAUCAACUCAUUACCAACUCUUCUGAAAACGUAACAUUCCGUCCUGGUUCAUUCGUAUUGCUACGGUCGGUUAUAUACAUUUUUCGCUUUUCAUCCGGAAAAUAAAAUUCGCAAGUGGAUAAUACGCAAAUUCAAUACGACGUUACGUUCUCUUACCUUUUUAUUUUCUCCUACAUCAUGUCUUCAAUUAAAGGAUUCAAUGAUCUUUAAAAGAACACAUGAUCUAAUUCGAUGCAUGUUCAUAACAACAACUAUAAAUGCGUCCCCAAAGACAACGUGUGGGAUUUGUUGAUGUUAAGAUCGGGACACCGUUCAUUAAAAGGAUACGUUGUAAAAUCAAAUCCUGUGCUCUUCCAAAUGGUAUGUCGAUAAAAUGAUACAGCAAUCGUAAAUCGCGUGUUUUCGACGCGAGUCAAUGCAGCAUCUCUAAUCAUCACCAUCAUCAUCAAAUCAUCAUAUGAUUCGGCAAGCAACAAUCAUCUAACAGCUAGCAAAACAGCUUCAUCCAAAUACACGAAAAGGAAAAAAAAAAACAAAAGAAAAUGAAACACAACAUGUUAGAAUAAUAACAUAAAAAAGAAGUAAAAAUAAAAACAAAAAACAAUCAUGCCAAAUUAGCAAUAAUUUAAAAAAAAAUGCAAAAAAACACUUGAACUCCAUCAUAAAAUCGAAAACGUCUUUCUUCAUUGCAAAAGAAAAAAAUCCAGCUCACCAUUGUCAUUGCUAAAGCCCAUGCAUUGCUCAUUGGCCGAGCUUUUGGUGGUGACUGCUGAAAUCUCUAAUCUACCCGAACAAACGCACUGCCUUUCAUUGAUGACCUUUCUUUGCUUUACACAUUUACAACAAAAUCAACAAAUCAUUGAAACAACAAAGUAUUUGGUUUUUGUAAAUAAUUUCAAAAAAGAAAAAGAAAAAUCUAUUAAUUAAUAAGAACAGCAACAACAAAAUAUCAACAAACCGAAAAAAAGACUUAUCACAAUUUUUGUAGAACACCAACUGGUUGCCUUAAAUCCAAUUUUAUCAGAAAUAACUUUUUUACCUAGUGUGUAGUGUAAUUUUUUUAAAAAAGAAAAUCAUGCGUUUUUUAUAUACAAAAGAAUCUACAUAUAUAUAUCAAAUCACACAUUUAGUAUAUAAUUAAGUUACAACAGUAACAACAAAACCAAAUUCGCUUGUAAGUGUGUAAAUAAGUUAAUUGUUUUGUUUAUUUGAAACGGGAAACAGAAAUUCGUCCAUAAUUUUUAUGAAUCUAUUUUUGAAAACCAAUUGGCUUUAAUUUCUGAAAAGAAGAAAGUAAAACAACAACAACAAAAACAAUGUAAAUUUUUUUAUACAAACUCCACUGAAAAGCUGUUAUACAAACAAAACUAAAACCAAAAAGAGGAAAACAAAACAAAAAAACAAAUUUUAUAAAGAAGUGCCUAAAACUUGUUAAAAACCCCAAAAAUCUUCCCCCCAACAAAACCCUAUCCCUUUUUACAAGGAAUCAACACUGAAAGCAAAUAAAACAAAAAAACUGAAUAAAUAUUUAACGAAAUAAAAGUCAACGGAAAAGAUCACUUGAAAUUGUGUUCUUUUUCGUGAAAAAGCCAAACCAAAAACCAAUCCACCAGCGCAUCCCCUAAAAUUUUUCAACGCGACACCGGUGACACCAACACGCUGGCACUGGUGAACGAAGUUCUAAGUGGCUUUGCCUUAGCGAUGCCAUUUAUUGAUGACGCUCUACUCUGGUGUCCGGAUAACGAUGGUCGCAUUGUGGGUGGCCUAGACAUAUCAGCAUGCAUGCAGGAUGGAGUACCCCAAUCCAAUGAGAAUGUCAGCGAGAGCACACAGCUAGCCGAGAGUACCACGGACAUAAAUGCCCUAGAACCUUCGUUGUGCAACAAUGACUCUUCCGAUGAACUGUUCCGUCAACUAUCCGAAAGUAAUUUUGAAAUAGAGAGUCUGCUCUCGGAUCUGGCCACAGUUGAAGUGAAAGAAGAGAACAACAACAUCAGCGAUGUCACCAGCGAGGGAUGUGUUACCGACGACACAUUUGCGGCACUGGUCAAUGGGGCCGCGGCUGUGGCCAGUGCCUCCAAUAUCGGUACAAGCUCGUGCAAUGGCGGCCGGGUUUCCUCAACCACAUCACAUCUAAUCACCGGCGGCGGCAAUGGCAUUCAGCUACCGGGUGAAAAUUCUGCCCUGGGUUCUGUGGGUACAAAUUCGUUAACGCUGGAACCCACCGCAGCGUCUUCGACCCAGGAGCAGGCAAAUAGUUCAUCAUUUCUCACACGUAGCAACAAUAGUAAUAGCAAUAGUAACAACAACAACCCAAAUAUUAGUAGCAAUAACAACAACAAUAAUCACAAUUGCACGAAUGGCACCAACAUCAGUAAUAACAACAAUAGCAACAACAACCUUAGCUCAGAGAAUAACUCAUCGAUAUUCGAUGAUAGUUCAACGCGAUUUCUGAUCGCAUCAAAUCCCCUGCUGGCCGAGAAGUUAAUGGCGAAAAGUUUAAUACUCAAAACCGAAGCAACGACAGAUUAUAAAGAUACCGAAAUUCCUAUUAUCAAACAAUCAACAAGUCCGGGACCUCAUCUACAUAACCUGCCACCAUCAUCACAUCAUGUGCAACAGGCUGCACUCCAGCAGCAGCAACAACAGCAACACUCACACCCGCAUCCACACCAACAGACAACACAACAUCAACAGCAACAACAACAGUCGCCAUUAACGCCACAACACCCGAAUGGAAAUCCAGCGGCGUUUGCAGGAUCAGGACCUGUUCUCAAUAUUAAAACGGAGCAAAAUGUUUUAACGUCACCGAAUCAACACCAGCAGACCCAUGGAGGGGGUGGUGGCGGCAUUAAUUUACAGCAACAACACAACAGCCUAACAGGACCCUCAAGCAACAAUAGUCUACAGUCAUUGAAUAUACCACACCGGCCAUUGUUGCACAAUUUGCUGAGUGGCGGCUCACUGCACAGCACACAUCACAGGAGUUAUGGUGCAGGGACAACAGGUUCAUUUCCUCCCAGUCCGGCCGACAGUGGUGUAUCGGAUGUGGAUAGCUCGAGCUCGGGAGGCCAACCCUGCAGCGAUGAACUCAAGGCCCGUUUGGGUCUGCCACCCCACUGUUCGACGCAUCCCUCUCAUCUGGCUAAUGGUACAUUUCUGCAUCCGAAUCUAUAUCAGAAUUCUCAAAUCAGGAAUAUAUGGAAUCGUGGAAUGGCUGAAAACUACUACUUACCUUUGGCAGCAAAUGGUGCAGGCGGUGGUGGUGGAGGAGGUGGUGGCGGCGUCAUCAACUCAUCCAACAACGGCCCAGUGGUUAAUAACAGCGUAACCUGCAGCUCAACAGCGCCCAAUGGCGCCUAUGGUGCGCCGCCCUAUUUUACAACUCCCUCUCCGCCUCGUGCCGCCGUCGGUUUGGCUUCACAUCAUUCCCUACAUCCACAUCAGCAACAUGCUUUGCACUCGCACCAACAGCAUUCCUCCGUCUCCAAUCCCACAGUUGGUUCGACCAGCAACGGUGUCCUUACCUCCAACGGCGUUCUGUCACAUCAACAAAGCGUCAUACAACCGGCCACAUCGAGUGUUAACUAUGAUCUCUCCUAUAUGCUGGAACUGGGUGGUUUCCAACAGCGUAAAGUGAAAAAGCCACGCAAGCCCAAAAUCGAAAUGGGUGUCAAGCGACGCAGUCGUGAGGGUUCCACCACCUAUCUGUGGGAAUUUUUACUCAAGCUUUUGCAGGAUCGUGAAUACUGUCCGCGUUUCAUCAAGUGGACAAAUCGCGAGAAGGGUGUAUUCAAACUGGUCGAUUCCAAGGCGGUGUCACGGCUCUGGGGCAUGCAUAAGAAUAAACCGGAUAUGAAUUAUGAGACCAUGGGUCGGGCACUGCGCUACUAUUAUCAAAGAGGCAUACUGGCCAAGGUUGAUGGUCAACGUUUGGUCUAUCAAUUUGUUGAUGUUCCCAAGGAUAUUGUGGAAAUCGAUUGUAAUGGUGUUUAAAUGUAAGCAGAGCAAAAUCGCAACCAUAUUUAUCCGAAGGAGAGAACAUAAGGCAAAACAUAGGCGGAAAAGCAACAGCAACAGCAGCAGCAACACAAAAAGAAAUAAAUUUUUAACUGUUUUCGAAAUUGGUUAACCUGUCUUUCGGGCCAUAUUUAGAGACAAGAUUUUUGGACAUUGCCUGCCUUCCCUCACAUAACGAUCCCCAAAUUGAUUUCCCCCUGAAAAACAGUUAUGGGUUCACAUUUCCAUGGCCUGGAUGAUGUUACAUUUUCAUUUGGAAAAUAUUUGCCCUCUCAUAUGCCAUUGGUUGUGGAGUGAGAUUAUUUUCCAAUAUGCCAUGGAUCCAAACGUAUGCAACAUGCCCACUGAUGCUGAUGGAAAGGUGUAAAGAUCGCUCAAGGAUCAUUUGUUUUCAAUUUUCGCCAAAAUAUGAAUGGAAUCCUCAAAACAGUUACGGACCAAAACAAACAGGCAGCACACUCAGUCCCUCUGCAACAUCAGAAAGGAGAGCAAACUAACUGAUCGAACACACACACAUAUACAAGGACAGUAGCUUUCUAAGAUCCAAAGUCGAAUCGAAGUCUAGCUUAAGAUUUUGUAUGCCAAUCAAAGAAAACUAUUUUGAAGGACACCCCAAAGUCCUUACAAUGAAUGGUCUAGCAACAAAUUACAAAAAAAAAAACAAAAACAAAC